AUGCCGUUCCUAUCCGAGGCUGCUAGUGCGAUUAAGAGCAGGUUUAGAUUCCAUGACCAUCCCUCCGAAUCACUUUCGCUUGUUCAGAACACUCCAGAUCUUCUGAAAUCCGCCGCCAAAGAUAAUCUCGUGCAAAGCUCUGCAGUUCGAAACAUCAACAGUUGGGACGAUGAAGGUGGAGUUGGGCCUAGUAGCACCGCCGUUUCCUCAAAUCAGAGCUUUGAAAUCUGCGAGGAUCCUUCGUUCUGGAAAGAUCACAAUGUGCAGGUUAUAAUUAGAAUGCGCCCUCUUAGCAAUUCCGAAAUAUCGUUGCAAGGGUACAACAAAUGUGUUAGGCAAGAGAGUUGUCAGACAAUUACUUGGACUGGGCAUCCUGAGUCACGCUUUACUUUUGACCUUGUUGCAGAUGAGAACGUUAGCCAGGAGAAGCUCUUCAAAGUAGCUGGUUUACCAAUGGUAGAAAAUUGCAUGGGAGGCUACAAUAGCUGCAUGUUUGCUUAUGGCCAAACUGGAAGCGGGAAGACUCACACCAUGCUUGGUGAUAUUGAGGGGGGAACUAGAAGGCACAGUGUCAACUGUGGGAUGACCCCAAGAAUAUUUGAGCACUUGUUUUCUAGAAUCCAAAAGGACAAAGAAGCUCGCAGAGAUGAAAAGAUAAAAUUUACAUGCAAAUGUUCUUUCUUGGAGAUAUACAAUGAACAGAUCCUUGAUCUAUUGGACCCGUCAUCUAACAAUCUGCAGAUAAGAGAAGACAAUAAGAAAGGAGUUUAUGUGGAAAAUAUCAAGGAAGUAGAAGUUACUAACGCUCGAGAUGUCAUUCAGCAACUUAUUCAGGGUGCUGCCAACCGAAAGGUAGCUGCUACUAAUAUGAAUUGCGCUAGCAGUCGUUCUCAUAGUGUAUUUACUUGCAUCGUUGAGAGCCAGUGGGAAUUUCAAGGAGUAACUCACUUCCGAUUUGCUCGACUUAAUCUUGUUGAUUUGGCUGGAUCUGAGAGGCAAAAGAGUUCUGGUGCUGAAGGGGAACGCCUCAAGGAAGCUACUAAUAUCAACAAGUCUCUUUCAACCUUGGGGCUUGUGAUAAUGAAUCUAGUAAGUAUAUCUAACGGAAAGUCGCUCCAUGUUCCUUACCGUGAUUCAAAGCUCACAUUUUUACUUCAGGAUUCUCUUGGAGGGAAUUCAAAAACGAUCAUAAUCGCAAAUAUAAGCCCCUCCACUUGUUGUUCGCUCGAGACAUUAAGCACAUUGAAGUUUGCACAACGUGCUAAAUUUAUCAAGAACAAUGCCAUUGUAAAUGAGGAUGCAUCUGGAGAUGUCAUUGCCAUGAGAAUUCAAAUUCAACAACUUAAGAAAGAAGUAUCCCGUUUACGAGGCCUUGCUGGUGGUGGAGAAAAUCAGGAUAAUGACAUUUCAGCAAUUAGCUUUCCAGGCUCUCCAGGAUCCUUCAAGUGGGAGAGCGCUCAAGGAUCAUUCAGUCCAUUAAAUUCAAUCAAAAGGACAUCUCAGAAAAAAGACUAUGAAAUUGCCCUUGUUGGAGCCUUUAGGAGGGAAAAGGACAAAGAAAUGAUGUUGCAGGCAUUGAGAGAUGAAAAUCAAGCGGCCAUGAAGCUGGCCAAACAAAGGGAAGAUGAGAUACAAGGUCUGAAGAUGAGACUACGUUUUCGAGAAGCUGGAAUAAAGAGGUUAGAAGCUGUUGCUUCUGGGAAGAUCUCGGCUGAGACACACUUGCUAAACGAAAAAGAGGAGCAUUUGAAAGAAAUUGAGGUCCUGCGGGCACAGGUGGAUCGAAGUCAAGAAGUGACCAGAUUUGCUAUGGAAAAUUUGCAGCUGAAAGAAGAAAUUAGAAGGUUGAAGUCAUUCUAUGAGGAAGGUGAAAGGGAAAUGAUGAAUGAACAGAUCAUGAUGCUGCAGAACAAGUUGUUAGAAGCACUAGAUUGGAAAUUAAUGCACGAACCAGAUCAGGUAAUGGUUCAGAAAGCAUAUUCUGACUCGAUGAUGGAAGAAGACAUACAGAGUGAUGGCAAUCUUAUUUCCAAACAGGAGCUAAGUCCAAAAUCACGUUGGCAGUCUUCUCUUAGGGAGGAAAAUGAGUUUCUCCGCAUUCAGGCUAUACAAAACCAGGCAGAAAUGGACACAAUUCGCAAGAAGCUAGAAGUUUGCCUUGGGGAGAAAGAAAAAUUGGAAAGGCGUGUUGAUGAUUUGGCAGCACAACUUGAACAAGAGAAACCCAAAGCCACUAAAGAAGCAAGGGAGCAAAUGGACCUUCCAUCAACAACUGAUACGCCUGACAUUAACAUCAAUGACCAAGCCGAAUUGGAAGCAAUGGUUGCUGCUAUUGCUGCUGCUAAUGCUGCUGCUAUUCAAAGAGAAGCAGAGGCUCACGAGACAGCAAUUAUGCUUACAAAUGAGAACGAUGAAUUCAGGAUGAAGGUGAAAGCCUUGAUUGAGGAUAACAGUAAACUAAUUGAAUUGUAUGAACAAGCCACUGCUGAAAAUCACAGUAGAAAUGUUAACAAAGGGGAAAAUGCUCGAGAAAUUGGUUCCAAGGGUGACAUUGGUAGCCAUCUUCUUGAAACAAGAAGAGAAGAAGAGACUGAGUUGAAAAGGAUGGUUGAGAAUCUCCAGCAUCAGCUCAUGGAAAUAAAAGAAGAAAAUGAAAAGCUGUUGAGUUUGUAUGAAAGAGCCAUGCAGGAGAGGGAUGAUCUUAAAAGAACUCUUUCAUGUUCUAGACACGAAAGAGUUGAAACCAAAGGAGAAAUGGACUGCCCGGAAAAGCUUGUUGAAGUUGAUGGAGGGGAAAGGGACUUGGCAGUAGAAUCUGUUUCCCAGGAAGCGCAGGAGGGUAGAGGUGAAAGUAAAUACGUUGAGAGACCUACUAUAUCUGGGUCUGGCUUAUGCCUCGUGUAUGAUGGACAAGAAGAAGAAAAGCUUUUAAAGGGGAACAAUGAGGUUGAUUUUCUGGUCAAUUCUGACAUGGACAUCGAGGUAUCAAAUUUCACUGACAUGGACAUCGAGGUGUCAAAUUUCACUGAGAAGAAUUUAUCAGAGGAAUUAAAUUGUGCUACAAAGAAGCUUGAAAGAGUUGAUGAACGAAUCUCAGAUGCUGUCAGAACUUUAGCUUCACUUGGUUGUGCUGAAAAAGCAAUGGUCCAGGUUGAUAAGCUCUCUAGAGAAAUUGAAGUGACAGAACAUGAUAUUCAGGUCAAGCGUGAGCAGUUUGAAUCGUUGAAACCUCUGCUUUCCGAAGCAGAAAAAAGAAGAACUCUAGUGGAUAAUAAGUUCUCUGCGCUCAAAUAUUCAUUAUCAAACUUUUCCUCAACGUUUUCUUACUUUGAGCAACGGGAAGCAAGGGCAAGAGCAGGGGUGAACGACUUGACAUCUUAUAUUGACCGAAAGAAAGGGGAAUUGGCUGCUCUUCAAGCUACCAAAAAGGGGUUGGAGAAUGCUCAAAAGAAGAACCAAGAAUCUGAAGUUGAAUUAGUUACAAAUAUUGCAUGCAUCAAAUCAAAACUGGAGGAAGAGAAUCGCAAGCGCGAAAGUGAAAAGGUUCUCUUCGCGAUUGAUAACACACAGAAUAUGGAUCCCUCCCUGAAAAAUUGGCAUCUUAGUGGUAAAGCCACCGAGUUACUUAAGUUAGAGGAAGAGAAAACGAAGCUGCAGGGAGAGAUGAAGAUUUCUCAAGAAAAACUUGGGUUUAUAAGAAAGGAACUGGGGAACUUAAACAAGAAGGUGGCAAAUGUAGAGAGCCAGAUACAAGGUGUUCAACUGGAAAUACAGCAAGGUUUAAAGAACGCAGAUGAGAAGGAGCUUGCACUUCAACGUGUGAUGAAAGAGAAAGAGAUGCUCUUGGAGUUUAGGGAUAAUGGUAUGUUUGAAAUGGAGCAUAUGAUCAUUGAACUCCAGCAAUGUGUGUUUGAAUAUGAUCUAAAGGAGGCUGAAAUAAAGAUACUAGGGGAAGAAUUGCAAACAGAUUUUAUAAGAACCCAAGAGUUACAGACAGCCAGGGUCAUUGCUGCCAACAACAAAAAUAAUCAUCUUUCUUCAGUGUCUCAUUUAGGCAUGUUUGAGAAGAUAGAGGAAGAGAUGCAAAAUCUACGGGCAUCUAUCCUGGAGACAAAAUUGUUGUUGGAAGACAUUUCCCAUGCCACCUAAACAACUGA